GCGGGCAACAUCAAGAAAGAACACGAGGUUUUUCCCUUGUACACUCGAGCGCAACUCGAGAACUCCUAGAAUUUUCAUCGCAACGAUUCACUAUAAAUAUUUCACAAUGUUCAGGUUUACGACCAAGAGGAGGUCGAGUUUGGAUGCGAGGAAAGCCAUGGCUUCUUCAGAAUUCGCGGGAAGUGCACGCAAGUCAGAAAUCGACAACAUCAACUCGAAGGCUAGAGCAAGGCUGAACGAGAGUCAGUGCAACUCCCUGUUUGACUCUGACGCGAGAAUUGCAUCCGGAUCUGCCUUUAUUGGUGCUCCAUCGGUUCCCGCAGAAGAAUAUAAAGUGCCGGCCGAACCGGAAUCCAAGAUACAAACGUCUGACAAGACACCCAUAUACUCUCAGCUCUUCGAUCCUCCUUUGUUUGUGCAUAAGUCUUCUCCAAUAGCAGCACUUCGUGUGAUUCAAUGGGACGAUGAAAAGCAGAUGUUUGUUAAGACCGAGAGUAACAACGAGAGUCUGAACAAAGACUUGAGGUACACUUUUGGACCCCUGCAUGAACUCAACGUUCGGAAUCCGAAAUCGAAGGUAGAAGAACCAACUGAUGCCCAUGAAGGAUCUGCUCACGGCGAAGAUGGCGACGAGGAGGAAGACUCCGACGAAGCAAGAAAUAAGCUCGAGGCACAAGAAGCUCUUCUUAUGCUUGCAGGAUCUAAAGACCUUGCACGAUGUGCCUUGCUCCACUUAUGAGAUUCGGAUGAUUCUACAAACUUGGGGACUUUUUCUUUUGUUUUUAUUAUAGUUUAGAAAGUUGAAGAAAGACAUUAGGGUCCUAACUUGUAGUUAGGGCCAUUAUUCUUCGACAAAAUUAUAAACCUCAUGUUGAAGAAGCUUUCUUUAAAAUUGUCUAACCAUGAUUGGCUAA